UCACAGUGCACGGAGCAGUAAAAACCGGUUAAUUGUAAAAAUGCCAAACUCUUGCUUUUGUGCAGAGAGAAUACCAUUUGAUCAAAUUGAAAAGCUUUCCAUAACUGGAGGAUAUUCAAGGUUUUACUGCACCGAAAAACCUUUAGUACCUAUAACCGAUAAUUGGCGUAAGCGCUUUUGCUCUUUGGCCGACACCUUUAAACCAGUACUAGAUCGUGUGUACAACUUUGCGGUGCAUCCUGACGAUGUCUACAUAGUAACGAGUACAAAAUGUGGGACAACUUGGGCUCAGGAAAUGACUUGGCUUAUUCUGAAUAAUUUCAACUAUCAGUUGGCAAGAGACAAUGAUAUAAUGAUACGUUCGCCAUUUCUAGAAUUUAAUGGCGUAGUAACGAGCUUACCAAACGACACUAUCAAUGAGGCGAAUCGAUUACAGUCGCCACGAUUAUUGAAAUCUCAUUUGCCGGCCAUGUUCUUGCCUCGAGAAAUUUGGACGAAAAAACCCAAGAUUAUCUAUGUGUUUCGAAAUCCCAAAGACGCGGCUGUUUCCUAUUUUCAUCACUGGUGCGGCAUGGUUGGCUACAAGGGCACUAAAGAGGAUUUUGUUCAAUCUUACAUUAAUGGUCAUGUGAACUUUAAUCCUUUCUGGCCGCAUAUUUUGGAUUUUUGGCAAAUGCGUCAUGACUCGCAAGUGUUCUUCACAAGUUACGAACGUAUGAAGAAUGAUCUCGCAUCAGUUAUCAAGGAUGUCUGUCAUUUUCUCGACGUUCGCAUAAAUGAUGCACAACUCGGCCGUUUAGUUAAUCAUCUGUCUUUUGAGAAAAUGCAAAAUAAUCCCUCAUGCAAUCAUGCAAAGGAAUUUGAAAGCUUAAGAAACGCUGCCGGUCGAGAACUCGAGCAGUUUUGUUUUCUUAGACGCGGAAUUGUUGGUAGUCAUAGAGAUGAAUUGUCAAGUAAUUUAAUACGCGAAUUCGAUGAAUGGAUCGACAGUAAUCUAAGGGAAUAUAAUUUAAGCAUUGAAGACUUUAUAAAUUAUUCAAAGUAUUCUUCAUAA